AUGAUUAGGGACAGAACUGUCCCUUUGUACCUCUUCGACAAAAAGUAUAGGAUAAAUAUACCUAGUAGAGAAGAUUGGAUAAAUGGACUGACAAGUAUUCCAGCUGACUGUGAAGUCUGGUACACAGAUGGAUCAAAAGGCGGGAAUGGAGUUGGUGCAGGAAUCUAUCAUGUAACCUCCCAAGCGGGACACUCCUUUAAGUUAGGGACCACUGUUACUGUGUUACAAGCCGAAAUUGUGGCAAUAUUUUAUGGUACUGUUGAAGCCUUGAAAAAUUGUCACAACAAAGAUAUUUUUAUCCUUUCGGAUAGCAAGGCGGUUAUUUUCUCCUUGAAACGAUACGUAUCAACAUCACGGCUGGUCGGUGAUUGUCAUGAAGCACUCAACAAACUAGCUGAAACGAACCGUGUUACCCUCCUCUGGAUCCCUAGUCACAGUGGAUUCGCGGGAAACGAUAGGGCGGAUGAGCUAGCCAAAGAAGGGGCUAGAAAACAACUUAUUGGACCUGAACCUCCCAUUGGUGUUUCCAACAAAUGCCUGACACUGGAAAUUUAG